AUGUCUAUAAUCGGCACAGUGUAUGAAGAUGUAACUACUGAUGUGGUAGGGAGUAUCGGUACUUGGCAAUGGCUGGUGGUAUUUUUGUGUACUGCUUUCAUGGUACCUUCGAUCUUUAUUCAGUUUGAAGACAUGUUCCUCCUCCGCCAAGUGGAGAAUGUGAUGUGUAUUCCACCAUCCGACAUUCAAGUUACCAAUACUAGCCUAUGUUUCGUCCAUCUAGAAGGAAAUGCCACAGCCAUCAUAGAAUGCGAAAGGUGGUACGUUAAAUUAUUGUGGAUGAUUUGGUUGCAAAAGGCUUGGAUGAUAUUUUGCGACAACAGGAUGAAAUUAGUGUCAACGGCCAUGGUGAGCCGGGUCGGCCAAGUGUUCGGCAGCUUCAUUUUCGGUUUUAUUUCUGAUAGUUUUGGAAGAAAAGCUGCUAUCAUGAUAAACGUCCUGUCGGAAACAAUUUUAGGUCUUCUAUUGACUUUCUGCGAUUCCGAGGCAUGGUAUCAACUCAUAGUGUUUCUUACCAGUUUGUGCUGUAGCGCUUUUAAAUACUUGGGACUAAUAUUGACAUGCGAAAUUGCUAGCAACGAAUGGCGUUCAUGGCUGAAUACAAUUGUGAUGCUGCCUCGGCUGUUUGCAUUGAUUUGCACGGUUCCGCUGGCGAACUGCACGGGGAAUCAGCAGACGUUGAGUUUCAUUGCGGUUUUGUAUGGCGCUAUGCUCAUAGUUCUGUUAAGAUGGACACCAGAAUCCCCGCAAUGGCUACUAUAUAGCCGAAAAAUAAAGAAAGCAGAAAGGAUUCUACUGACAGCUGCAGUAAGAAACGGGAUUUACCUAUGCAGUGAUUUUAAAAUAAGACCAAUUAAUCAAAGAGCGUAUUCUUGCAUUGAUGAACCAAGAGUAUGUUUAGGGCUUCUAAACACUUACAAUAUACGAAUAACAAUUUUCAUAUCGCUUUUGUUUUGGGCGUUAUAUUAUUUCCAAUGGAGCUAUUUAUACGUAAGAUUAUACAGUGAUAUACUUGAAGAACAAUUACUACUAAAGAUUUUCUCUUUUGCAUUAUUAUUUGGUGGCCUCGUGAUGUUACUUGCAAGGAAAAUGAUUCUAAGGCAUUUGCUGUUGAUAAGUGUUUUAAUUACGGGUGUCUUCAUGACUGGUGAUGCAUUUCUUAGUAAAGAAAGAACUCGUAACCUGCUGGCGUCAAUCGCACUUGCAUCAAGUAUAGUUGGCCAUGCCAUUCUUCUCAACAUCACUCCUCGAAUAUUUGCUAUAAAAAUUCGAAGUACACUUCUGGGUGCCUGUCAAGCCAUAGGCCAAGUUGGCUCCAUGAUCGCAUACAUCAUCUUUCUUUUCGAUACAAUGAACAGUCUGACAACAAUGGGGGUGACCAUAGGAAUAACAUUAACGAUGUCUGCGUUAUGUUUAAUGCUUCAUGACGUCGAUGGGAGAGAGUUACCCGAUAUUAUGGAGGAUAUGGAUUAUUUUUCAGAGCUAUCAAAACCAUUACGCUGGGCUACUCAGAAAACAAAUUCCCCAUCAAAUGAGGAAGUAGAAAUGAGAAUUUACUCUUUCAACACAGUAUCCAGUCAUUCCGCGGAGACGAUACCGCCUGCUCAGCGUAUUGGCUUCGGAAGAACUUGGCUAUUCAUCAGGAUUUUUUUUAACAGAUUUAUUAGACGGCCGAAAUAAUUUCGUCCACUUUCGAUUGUACCGAAAAUUUUCUAAAUUCCAAAAUGACGGACUGUUCGAUAAUUAUAAAUAAAAAAUAAAGUCAUUAAAAAAAACUUUAAUACUUAAUGCUAAUAUUCUUAGUGAAAUUAAAAAACACAAACU